AUGAACAUAUUUCCUAACAUCAUUCCAGAAGCACGACCUCAGAUGAACCACCACCAAGCCAGAUUCUACACAAACGACACCGACGACUGCAACUGCGACGACAACGGCACCGCCCUCCGAAUCCUCCCCUUAGGCGACUCCAUCACCUUCGGCCUCGGCGAAGCAAGCGGGAACUCCUACCGUCGCGAUCUCGAAUGCAUGCUCUUCGCCGACGGCUACGGCGUACAAUACAUCGGCUCUCUUGAAUCGGGGGACUGGCCGGACCGGAAGAACGACGGGUUCAGCGGGCAGCGCAUCGCGGAGAUUGGCACGAUGGCCGAUGUCGAUCUCCGUGGACCCCUCUUGCCGAAUGUGGUGCUGGUGCAUGCGGGGUCGAAUGAUAUCAAUUCGGAUUUCGACCUCGAUAAUGCGCCGAAGAGGGUGGGUGAGCUUGUGGACCGGAUUCAUACUGCGCUUCCGGAGGCGUUGAUUAUUGUGGCGAGGAUCACGGGGGAGACGAAUGAGGUUUUUCAGAAUCGGAUUGAGAUGUUUAAUGAUGGGGUGCAGGAGGUGGUGGAGGCGAAGGCGAAUGCUAGUAUACCCGUAAGACUCGUUUCGAUGGAUGCGGUGGACCCGGUUAAUGAUACGAUUGAUGGGUUGCAUCCGAAUGAACGGGGAUAUACUAAGAUGGCUGUCGCCUGGUUUGAUGCGAUUGAGGACGCGGACGAUGAGGGUUUGAUUAUGCCUGUGACUGGGGAUUUUGAAGAUGGGGGGCCUUUUGCUUGUUGA